CAUAACAUAAACUACAUCUACAAGCAUCUUAUAACUUGUAUAAUAACAACAAAUUAAAGAUGGAGAGUUUUCUUAAGCAUCUCAAUGUGUUUUCAUUAGUGUUAUUUUUCUUUGCUCUUCCUAUUUCUUCGGCCCUUCAAGUUGGUUUCUACAGUUCGUCUUGUCCGAACACUGAGAACAUUGUUCGACAAGUUGUGCAACAACGUUUCAAUGCUGAUAAAUCUGUUGCUCCGGCUUUGCUUCGUAUGUUUUUUCAUGAUUGUUUUAUCAGGGGUUGUGAUGCAUCAAUAUUAAUUGACUCAACAACCACCAACCAAGCAGAGAAGGCUGCGGGUGCAAAUGGAUCUGUACGAGAGUAUGCACUCAUAGACCAAAUCAAGACCGCUCUAGAACAAGCAUGCCCUCAGAAGGUUUCUUGUGCAGACAUCAUAGCCCUUGCUACGCGAGAUGCAGUUUCCUUGUCCGGAGGGCCUAUGUACAGUGUGCCAACAGGCAGGCUUGAUGGCACCAUUUCUAGGGCAAGUGAAGUAAAUCUCCCCGGCCCAGCCUCCACCGUCUCUCAAAUCCAACAAGCAUUUAGCGCCCGUAAAAUGACUCUUAAUGAUAUGGUAAUCUUAGUUGGUGGCGGUCAUUCAAUUGGAAGAGCCCAUUGUAAUUUCUUUCAAGAUAGGGUAUUUAACUUCCAAGGAACUAGUAAACCUGAUCCUACCAUGGAUAAGAAUUUGCUUACCAAGCUACAAAAUCUUUGUAGUUUGACCUUUAAUCCAGCUACUUUCCUUGAUCAAAACACAACAGUUGUGUUAGACAAUGAAGUCUACAACCAAAUGAAAAAGAACAAAGGAAUCUUGCAAAUUGACCAAGAGCUAGCACUUGACCCUUUAAGUGCCUCAAUAGUUUCAAGCCUUGCCGCCAAUAAUAAACUUUUUAGGCAAAGCUUUGUAAAUUCCAUGAUUAAAAUGGGUAACCUUCCAGGAACUGGUGGAGAAAUUAGAAAAAAUUGUAGGAGACAAAACUAAAAUAAAAAGAAGAUCAAACUUAGGGUUAUCUAAUUACAAUUGAUUGGAAGCCCUUGUUUCAUUUCCUCCACUUUCUAAAUAAGGGUAUUUUUUUUUCUACUUAUCAUUAUUGUUUGAUUAUUUGUAUCUUAAUUCAUUUUAUGUAUAACCUUUUAUGUAUUAAUAAAAAGUGUAAUGUUUAAUUAA